AUGACUCUGAAGCGAAUCGCACCAUAUGGCACCUGGCACUCGCCCAUCAGCGUCGAUGCAACUAUUUACAAGAACAGAGCGCUUACAUCCCCUCGAGUUAACACCAAGUCUGGCCGAGCCUUCUUUAUAGAAAGCACCGAGGACGGCAGGCAUACCGUCAUAGAAAUCACAGACGACGGCUUGGAAGAUAUUUUGCCCCAGGAUUGCAGCGUACAGAACAGAGUAUACGAGUACGGCGGCUCCAAGUACGAUGUAUUGGAUUCAGACCAACUCAUUUUUUCCAACAAGAACGACACCGUGUGCUUGCUCAACCCCGAUUCUGGAGAGGUUCAACUGCUAGUACAGAGCGAUGUCCUCCGAUACUCGAGCUUCUGCGCGAACCAUUCAUCUCCAUGGGUUCUUGCCAUUGAGGAAGAUCACACAUUCACAGACCCUUACAAAGUCCAAAACUACAUUGUUGCAAUCAAUGUGGAAUCUCGGGCCGUCAAGAGAGUAGUAACCGGCGCCGACUUUUACUACAUCCCUCAAUUCAGCCAGGAUGGCUCCCGCGUCAGUUGGGUUGAAUGGAACCACCCCGACCUCCCGUUUGCAGCAGGGAAGCUUUACAUUGGUGAUUGGGCACCCGACGGGUCCAUAAAGAAUGCUCGUCUUAUUGCUGGCCAGAAUAUGGAAAGUGUUGCAGAGCCGCGUUGGGGACCAGAUGGCUCUCUGUUCUUUGGGAAGGAAAUGGGACCGCAUCGAAAGUUGUAUCGAAUUCCACCGGGUGAAGAUUCCGAAACAUUGAUCCAGCUUGAUGGUUUAGAUGAUGCAGAGUUUGCUGAGGCAAGAUUGAUGGAGGGCAGCCGAACAUUUGUUCCUCUUACCGCAAAUCUUCUAGUUGCCACAGCAGUCACCAAUGGCCUAAGUCGUCUUAUCGCCAUUAAUCUCAGCACCGGUUCGUGGAAACUGCUCGCUGAUGACAAGACGCUAUGCCAUAUUUCUGCCGAUUCGGUCGCCAAAUUGGACGACAAUUCGGUUCUAGUCAUCGGGAAUGGAACAGUCUCGCACAAAGCCGUUCACAGAAUUGACGUUGAGCAUCCUGAAAACAACAAAGUAAUCCGGAAGGCUAUUGAUGAGAAAUUCCCUGAUGGAAUCUUCGCCCGACCAGAAACUCUUCGCGUGCGUUCUAAGGGUUCGCCAACCAGGGACAUCUUUGGCUUCUUGUGGAUGCCUCGCAAUCCGCUCUAUACAGGGCCUACGGGGGAACUUCCUCCAUUGAUUCUGAACACUCACGGCGGCCCAACAGGACAUACUGGAAGUGGGCUCAACUUGCGAGGUCAGUACUUUACAUCCCGCGGAUAUGCGUACCUCGAGCUCAACUAUACGGGAUCAACUGGACACGGCCGACACUACCGUGAAUCCCUAUUCGGCAACUGGGGGAUUGUUGACUCGGCAGAUGUCGUCGAAGUUGCAGAUCACCUAGCUGACGCAGGGCGAGUGAAUCGCAAUGGCAUUGGAAUUACGGGAGCAAGUGCCGGAGGCUACAAUACGCUACAGUCCUUAUCGCGAUACCCGGGAAAGUUUGCCGGCGGCGUUUGCGUCUGUGGGAUUUCAGAUCUGUUGAGCUUCAACGACGGGACACACAAGCUGGAAUCCGACUACACUGAGGCAUUGGUCUUGCAUCCGGGCGUAAGUGAGGAAGAGAAGCUCAAGAUAUUCCACGAGCGCAGUGCCAUGUAUCACACUGACGGCAUGGAUUCCCCUCUACUUUUGCUACACGGCCAGGCGGAUACUGUUGUUCCCAUUCAGCAGGCUAGGAUUAUUGCAGAGGCGCUUAAGAAACUAGAUCGUGAUGUGGAGAUUAUUGAGGUUGAGGAUGAGGGACACAUGUUUUCGAAGCCGUCGAGUGCAAAGCUGUGGCUGUUGGAGGAGGAGAGGUGGUGGAAGAAGACGCUUUUGAAGCAUCGACAGCGGGGAUGA